CAAGUGACAAAGGAAUUAGGAAAUGCACACUUGUCCCUAGGGACAAGUGGGAGACUGAAGGAAAUAAUGCCCUUGGUCCAAGUAUGCAUUCAAUGUUAAGUCUAAUAAAUACGGUUCAGUAUUAAUUAACAAGUUAAUAAUUCAGUGAGAUCAAGUGAGCUGAAUGCCUAGCUAGAGGCCGCUUCAGUUCAAGUGGAAUUAAUGAUAUUAAUCCACAGCUUACUCUUGACUGAACCCGUAGGGUCACACAAAUAGUACGUAAACGGAUCAAGUAUUUAAUGGCAUUAAAUACUCUAUCUAUGGAUAUUCGGAAUCGACGGAUCUUGGUUUCAGUGGGAGCUGAGAUCGUCACAAGCAAGAAAUGAAUACUCCGGAAACGAUGAUAUUGCCGGAAACGGAAAUAUAGAUCGUAUCGGAAAUAUAAAUAUUAUCCAAGUCGUAGAUGUUGCCAGAAACGGAAACAUGGUACGUAUCGGAAAAUAUUACCGUAAAUGGAAAUAUUGCCGGAAUCGGAAAUAUUGCCGGAAAUGGAAAUAUUGUCAGAAUCGGAAAUAUUAUCGGAAUCGAAAAAUAAUUCCUGAAACGGAAAUAUUAAAUAUUUGUUCGAAACGGAAAUUAAUUCCGGAAUCGGAAAUAUUAAAUAUUGUUCGUAUCGGAAAUGAAUUCUGAAAUCGGGAAUUUAAUCGGAAGCGUAUCGUACGAAUUAGCGUCGGACGAGGCUCGCUAGACAAAGGCCCAGCACGAAGCCAGGCCAUCGCCCAACAAGCCACACGCAUCACCAACACACGCCAAGCCUCGACCAGGCCCAGCGCAAGCCAGGCCCAGCCGAAGCCAUAGGCGCGCGCGGACAGCAGCAUGGGCCGAGCGUUGUGCGCUCAGCGUGGGCCGCAAGGCCUGCGCGGGUGUACGGUGCUCGUGCGAUGCUCGUGUGCGAAUCCUAAAGCUAUCAGGAUUCGAUAAAAGAUUAAAUCCUAAACCUAUUAGAUAAAGUUUAUUUAAUAGAGUCCUAGAAGGAUUCUAAUUAAAUUAAUUAGUAUCCUAAUAGGAUUCCAGUUCCUUUUCCAUACCUCUAUAAAUAAGUGCCUAGGGUCAUUAUUUACAGAGACGAUUGAAGUAUUCUAAAGGGUAAGUUUUUGAAAGAAAAUUCAGCCAUACACUUGCACUAACCUAGCCGAAAAUCUAUACUACCUUAAGGGCCAUUCUAGUUGGUCAAACUUGAGGCGGAUUCGGACGUACUGUGGACUAUCUGCGGAGGGACGACAUUUGGAGUCCUAAAGACUUGUUCUUGUUCGGUUCGGGCGCAGCUAGGGAAGGCACGCUACAAAGUGAAUUAAGGAUGCUACCUUCUAAGUUCACCAGUUUAGGAUACUUAGAGAAGAUGGAUAAUGAGACUCCUCGCACGUAUGUUCAGAAGAUCGUGUUUGCUUGUGACUAUUUGGCUUCGACCAAGAACAUGCCCCACCUUAGGCACAAAGAUAUGAUGGCUAGUAUGAUUAUACAUUGUUUACCCCAUAAGAACCCCUACAUAGACCUCAAGAAUAGGUUCAGUGACAUGCAUUAUAGUGAUGGUACCCCUAAUUGGUACAAGUAUGGGACUAGUGAUGGUAGGUGGAAGUAUGAUUCUGAGGUUCUUGCUACUAUCCUAGAGGUUGCGGAAAUUAGCUAUGAGGAUGGAAAGUAUUCUGCGGGUUUUGGUAUGGGCUAUGGAGGAAUAGAAAGUGAUGGUGAGGAUGAUAUGAUCCAUGAUGAGAAAGCUAGUGAUGUUGAGGAGGAUAGUGAUGAUGAUGUGGUAGAGAUUGAGAAUCCUAACCCUAUAGUUCCUGAACCAACCAUUGAGAUAUCCAGUGGAUCUGAAGAUGAGCUUGAAGAGAAUAAUGUGGUUGAUAGUGAGCCACAGCAAAAUGAUGAGGCUAUGGAUGAAGAAUCGGAUCCGGAAGAAGACUUGGAUGAUCCUAAUGAUCGAGACUUUACUCCAGAGCAAUACAAGGAAAGAAAUGAUCGUUGUGAUGACGUUAGUCUCUAGAGAAAUGUAAUCCUUAGUUUUAUUUUUCGUUGAAUAAUAAAGUAGCAAAGCUACUAUUUAUGGUUUUUAGUUUUAUUAUAGUUGGAGAAUAAAUGUUAUGGAAUUAGUGGA